UGAGGAGGAGCUGGACACAAGGAACCUGGUCUUGGAGGAACGGACCAUUGACCUGAUAGGCGAGGGGGUUCUUUCAGAACCAGGAAACUGCGAGCUUUGGCUUCGACAUAAAUACCUGGCAUCAAGACCUUUUCGAGAUACUAGCCCUGAGUAGGCAGCUCAAUCCACCCUUCACUCAUCACGGAGUGAAAGUAAACCCAAGCCAACUCUCGCGACGAACAUGGCACCCACCAACGACUCAAAACGCUCGUCCAUCGACGUCAAAGUCGGAGUCGAGUUGGAAGAAGCCGCUCCUGUCCGCGACCCUCUCAUCGAACGAUAUGAACUCAUCCGGGAUAAGUCGCCCGAGGAGCUCAAGGCCCUCAACAAGGCGGUCGUUUCCAAACUCGACUGGAGGUUUUUGCCCAUGGUAUGCGCCAUGCUCAUGAUGAACUACCUCGACCGUAUCAACGUCUCCAACGCCCGGCUGGCAGGUAUGCAGGAAGACCUGCACAUGUCCGACACGAUGUGGUCGGCCGGAAUAUCCAUGUUCUAUGUUGGAUACAUCAUCUCGCAGGUCCCUGCCAACGUCAUCAUCGCCAAGGGCAAGCCGCGCAUCUUGCUCCCGUGCUGUAUGCUGGGGUGGUCUGUCGUGACCAUCUGCAUGCCCGCCGUCACCGCCGGCUGGGGCUUCCUGCUCUGCCGAUUCAUCGUGGGCAUCACGGAAGGGCCGUUCGUGCCCGCCGUGUCCCUCAUGACCUCGUCGUGGUAUACGAAGCACGAGUCCCCUCUUCGGAUGGGGAUUUGGCACGCCGGCAACACCAUUUCGCAGGCGAUUUCCGGUCUCCUCGCCGCCGGCGUCCUGCAGAACAUGGAUAACAUAGCCGGCUUGGCGGCCUGGCAGUGGUUCCUCCUGCUCGAAGGCAUUGUUAGCAUACUGGUAGCUCUUGCCAGCUUCUGGUUCAUCCCGAACUUUCCCGAAUCGACCGGGACGUACUUCUUUACUGCCGCGGAGUCACAGAUGGCUCAGUACAGACAGGACGUGUCGGCGGGUGGCCGAUCCGAGGACGAUGAAGGAGACUACUGGGGAGGUGUAUGGAUGGCUCUCAAGGACCCGUUCACCUACUUCUUCUCGAUUAUCCAUUUCUUCCUCAUCAUCGCACAGUCUUACAAGGACUUCUUCCCAUCGAUCCUUGCUACACUUGGCUUCAAUCAAACCACCACGUACCUCAUCCAGGCUCCGCCACCCAUCAUUGCUUUUCUGGUUACGUUGGCGGUGUCUUGGUCUUCCGGACGCAUGCUAGAGCAUGGAUACCACAUCAUAGUCCCCAUGCUGCUCACUCUCGUGGGCUGUGUGGUCAUGAUCACGACUCUUAACGUCGGUGCUCGCUACUUCUGUAUGAUUUUGUUGGUCACUGGCCCUUUCGUUGGUCUCAAUCUCCAAAUCUCCUGGGAGACCACGGUGGUGCCCCGCCCGCGUACCAAGCGAGCGGCUCUUAUUGCCAUUGCCAACUGUGUAUCUUCGGUUUCCCAUUGGUUCACGCCAUACUUCUUUCUGCGCAACCAAGAACCUUAUUAUCAGACCGGCGGCGGAGCCAUUAUUACUGGUUGCGGCUUGACGGUCAUCUUUGUUCUGAUCACGAAGUGGUACUGUCGCAAGAAGAACAAGGAGUUGGAGGAGCAGGAGAGGCUUGCGGGCGAGCCCAAGGGAUGGAGAUUCGCUUCGUGAGAUGUCUUUGUGGCAGAGGCGUAUGUCCGGCAGCUGACGUUUUCUUCGAUGACGGGUGUAUGGCAUUACAGUCGAAGGUGUUCUGGCUCAGUUGACGGAAAAUGAUGCGACACAACUGAACAGAUAGAGAGACAUAUUUAUGAGUUCCCGAAUGACAGGUUUUAUCGACUUGA